AUGGGCGACGCCAACAGAAAAGCUAACGAGCGAGCAAAUAGAUUGCUGAAAAACAUAAGGGAGGAGACAGGAACUGAAAUAAAGGGAAUUGGCUCUGAAGAGGACUAUUCGGAUGUUAUCAACAGAUGCUGUGAAAACCUGAUUGGAUAUAAGAAGGUGCCUUUGGGUGUUUCGAAUAGGGGAGUGUUAAUAAACGGCCGCAUGUUUUUUAUUCCGAUAGCAACGACCGAGGGUGCGCUAGUUGCAUCGAUGUGCCGGGGAAUUAAACUUAUAAAUGCAUGUGGAGGAGUUAAAGGAUAUGCAGAGAAUGUUGGGAUUACAAGAGGAUUUAUCAUGAGAUUUGAGAGCUUUGAAGAGGCGAUGAGAUUCUACCAAUGGAUAAAGAUGGAUGAGGCAGUCGAAGAUCUCAAAAGGAUAGGAAAUGAAGGAAGCAGGUAUAUGAAGAUUAGUAAGAUUGAAUCCAAGCAUGUUGUCGGUGAAGAUGUGUAUGUAAAGGUGUAUGGAUACUCUGGAGAUGCCAUGGGGAUGAAUAUGAUAACAAAGGCAUGCACCCAGAUAUCUGCUGAAAUAUCUCGAAGAUUCCCCCACUCCAGCCUUGUGUGCAUAAGCUCGAACACGUGCACUGACAAGAAGUGGUCUGCCGAGAACUACUGCAAUGGAAGAGGGAGAAGGAUAUUCAUGAAUAUGAAAAUAGAUGACAAAAGCUGCAGAGAGAUACUUGGGGUUGGCAUAAGACAGGUUCUGGAUGUGUAUCAUGCAAAGGUUGUUAUAGGAGGAUCUCUUGUGCUGGGAGGGUUUAACUGCCAAGCAGCUAAUUAUGUUGCAGGAAUGUUUCUAGCUCUAGGGCAGGAUCUGGGGCAGGUUAUUGAGAGCAGCAACUGUGUAUUGAGCAUGAAGAGAUCCACGGAUGGAGACUUAAGCGUUUCUUUAUUCAUGCCUUCGGUUGUGGUGGGAGUUAUUGGAGGAGGCACGCAUCUAGAACCUUCAAAAAGCUUUCUAAAGCAGUUCUAUAGUGGGAGCGGCGAAUAUAUAAUAACGAACAGGGACGACGACAAGUCGUUGGCACCUGGAUACCUGGGUCUGGCUGUCGGGGCUGCAGUGCUUGGAGGUGAGCUGUCUCUCUUAGGGUCGCUAGCAAACAAUACCUUAAUGGAAAGCCAUCUGAGAUUGAAUCGAGAAGAAUGCAGAGGUGGCUAG